AGUAUGUCCUUGGAAAGAAUCUUGAGAACCUCUGUUGUUGGCUGGAGGUCAUGAAAGUGGUAAUAACAGACUCAACUGAGACUAGAGAUCCUUAGUUUACGUGAGGGAAAACAUUGACAAUGUCCUAUAAAGGUAAACAGAAAAGAAAACAGUCAUCUUUGGAUCAUUUGGACUCUGAGAUAAAAUCAUUUUCGGAAUACCUUGCCAAAGGAGAAGAAAUAAAGUUGCGGUACUGUGACUCACAAGAAAACCGUCCGAUUAUGUUACCUCCUGCUCCCAAACAGAGUUAUAUCGAUUGUUAUCCAGAUUUAGAUUCAGAUUUCGACAUCUUUGCAAGCGAUAAGCAUAAACAGUCUUGCUAUGAGACGGAGGUUCUCGUUUACAGAGCCUUAGAGCAGUUGGAUGAUAACAUUAUUGUUCUACAUAAUUUCGAGUACAGUCACCACCAGUAUAGAAUAUGUGAUAAGAGCCAUAUCAGGAAAGACUGCAGUCAAUGUAAAGGUAAGGGAGGUAACGCCAGCAAUAUAGCAGAAUGCGACUUUAUUGUGAUGGGGAAGAACUAUUUUAUUAUAAUAGAGGUGAAGAGCAUGCAUCAGGACCACUCUAAAAUUCCUGAUAAUGAAGUUACUCGUACGUAUAAAAGCAAUAAGAACACAUAUAAGGCAUGGCGUAUAGCACAAAAACAGAUACAGCGUACAAAAUGCUUGAUUGACGGUAUCAUCGAACAAUUUUUCGAAGGAAAAGAUAGAGAAAAAGUUAAAAUAGUGGGUAUUUCUGCUUUUCCUAGCACACCACGUCUAUUUCUUCAGACGGAAGGAAUUACUCUGUGCAAAGAAGAUUUUAAAGAUUUCGGAGAGUGGUGGCAGACACAUAUACUUGAUUUGAUAACCAGCAAUUAUGUUCAUGACGAUUAUGUUCAUGACGAUUUUCACAGCAAAAUGGAGAAAGCUAAAGCGAUACUACUUGCAAUAUGGUGUACUGAUAAGAACCAGUGUGAUGAAUUGAAGUGUAGUUUAGGACACAGUAUAAUGGCCAUUGACGAGGAUCUGAGACGAGGAAUGAUUACUUAUGCCAGUUACAAAAACCGUUCCAGGAAUCCUAGUGUUAUAGAAGCUCCUGACAUUAUUAGUAACUUUGUCGGGAUAAAAUACUUAACAGCAGAACAAUUUAAAGUUUUAAAUUCAGACCAGAAUCUUCUCUUCAUUAACGGACCUGCAGGUUCGGGUAAAACUGUUAUUAUGUUAGGGAAGAUCCUUCAGUUGGCCCUAAAUGACAAAGAAAACAAAGUUGUGCUAGUAACUAACAUUGGAUGGAACAGUUACACAACAUUGUAUGAAAGUACUUUCAAAAAAGCUGGUUUAUUAUAUAAAGUGGUAGACUGGGAUUUCAAGAUAGAUGAGUUAUUGGAUAAGACCUCGAUUAGCAGGAUAGUUAUACUGAAAGCAGACUUUAUAACCUGUCGUAAACUCCUGCCACGUAUUCUGGAUUAUCUGAAAUUGAGUAAUGCUCACGUAUUUAUAGACGAUUGUCAAGGAGUAGUUUAUCGCAACAUUUACUCGGUUGGUAAUCUACUAGAAUGCUUUAAACAAUUAUCUGAGAUGAAGCAUGUCUGGAUAACAUGUGAUUUAACUCAGACGACUCCGUAUUCUGGGCAAGAUCUAGGAAACAAAUUAACUCAAUCUUUCAUACGAGAUGUGGACCCUACAAACAUUGUACCUUUAAGCCUUAACUUGAGGAAUACUUGUGAUGUAACUAAUAUUUUAUCAAUAUUACGAGGGCUACAUAUAGCCUCUGAUGAAGAUUUAGAUAUUGUUUUACCUGUGCCGAAACCAGGUCAUUUUAUACACGGUACACGGACUGUAAUACACGUUAUUAGUGAGCUGAUAAUUGAUAGAGAACACUUAGUUGUGACUAUAUUAAAUAAAGAGCUUGAUAAAUUAACAUUCGGCUCGGAUUUUUCACUAGGAUUUGAAAUAGGGAUAAUAUACAAUGGUAGUUCUCGUGCCAGUUCUUCACAAUGUAUUGAAGAAACUAUAGAUAAACGAUUUGAUAGUAAUUUGCAGCUUUCAGAUAGUUCAAAUUGUUAUUCAGCUGAAUGGCCGGCUGUUAUUGUGAUACACGAUUUUGCACGUGACAUAUCUGCUCUUUACCUAGAAAUUUCUAGAGCUAGAGUACACUGUGUUGUAAUCUUAUUCUCAACAUUAAUAGAUAUUUCUGAGCUUGACUUGUUGAGCGAGCUUAACAAUUCAGCUAAAAUAAUUCGAUAUUAACAGCUUACAAGUUUUGAACCGAAGAUAUUCCUCCUAUUUAUAUUGAACUCUCUCUCUAUAAGAUGCAGCAGAAGGCAUUAACAAGACGUAUGCAGCAUGUAUAAUGCUGUAUAAUGAAUGGAACUAAAUUAGGUUUUUUUGUUCUUAUUUAAGCUUUUUGACACCUCAACAUUAUUUUAAAGUGAUUAUUUAAUCAGUGCAAUAACAUUGGCCCCUGCUACCCUCGCUACUGGGGGAAAGGGCACCUUAGCUUUGGGGCGGCAUUUUUCCGAAUUGUUGGUAUUUUUAAAAGAAAAACGUCUGAUUUGUGUAUUAUCCGGCCACUUGAACGUUCAGAUACAAAAUGCUUCCUGGGGGCGGCAAAAAAGAAGGGCUGACCUUUUUUCAGCAGGGGCGGCACAUACAGUGUAGGUACGUUUCGCCACUGUAUUUUAAAUGACUUCAAUGUAAUUCUCAUUCUGUCUAUCAUAAUUUUAGAUUUUCUUAUUAAACCAGAAUGCCCUUCUAAAAUAUAUCAUUUAUGAUUGUAUCAUAAGGAAUUAGAAUUUGAGAUAACUUUUAUUUUUCAUUUUUAAGGAUUUGAAUAAAAAUUGAUGAGGAAAUCUGAAAAUACCAGAUUGAUAGCUGAAAUCAUAUUUAUUAACGCUUUUCAUAUACAAAGGUUACAACGAAUUCCUCAUGUUAUGCAUCCUGGGUUUGGACAGGAUAGACCCGUUUAAGUUGUAACAUAUUUCCAUCACUUUACAUUACAUA